GUACUGUAUUAUUCAGAUCUCAUGCUGAUCAUGCUACACGAUUAGUUGUUUCGAAAUCUUCUUCUUCUUCUUCUUCUUCUCCUCCUCUACUCCUCCUUCUCAACUCCUCCUUCUCAUUGUGUAUCUAUCCUCUUUGUUCUACCUCGAGAUACUUGGACCCUGACUUCUUUCUCCACAUUCUCCUUUGACGUUCCAAAUAAGUUCCCGUAAUACUUCCGACUCUAUUUCGGCCGCUCCGUCUGAUGAUCUUCGUCUCACCUUGAUUACUUCUCAUCUUACAACCUCCGUUCUCCUCAACUCGACUGUUUCUUCUGUAUUACUGUAUGGCCUUGCAGUGAUAUCGCUCUUAAUCGGCGCGUCGCCGUGUCUCUUCCAGGACCGUUCGAGGUCCGACAAACACCAUGGUAUCAUUACGGUCGAUUGCGACCGCUAUUACGGGUGUGGCUCUGUUCUUUGAAACCUCACUAGCGAGCUCAGUUAAGCGCAACGCCGUUAACUACAUAUCGUUCAUUGACGAGCCUGUAAUCAACACACCGUCACACCGUAUACGCGCCGACUCGCACUUUGAUCUCCUAUUCUCACUACACAAUGGACAGCAGAAGAUUCGCCUCAAGCUCGAACCGAACCACGACAUUCUACACGAGAACUUCGCCAUCACUCACAUUGGCGCCGACGGUGCCGUGCGAUCUGUCGAGACAGUAAACCGAGAGGACGAAAAGGUAUUCAAGGGACAUGUGUUUAUUCAGCGAGUCGGACGGGAAGGUUGGACAAAUGCCGGCUGGGCAAGAAUAACAAUGCAUCACGAUGGAAAGGAACCUGUUUUUGAGGGCACUCUGCGGAUCGACGGCAACCAUCACCAUAUCCAUACCGGCACCAACUACCAGCAAGUUCGACAUGAAGACGACCCCAUUUUGUCAGCAUCAGAGGCUCGGGACGAUGUCAUGGUUGUCUGGCGGGACUCAGAUAUCAUGUCUUUUAACCCUACUGAGCUCAAGAGGCGUGGGGCUUCGGCUGCACUCUGUGACUCUGACACAUUGGGUUUCAACAGCAAGUUUCAUGAGCUCCAAGACUUUGACACAUUUGGUGCAGCAAACACUAAAUCCCUUUUCGGUCGCCAAUCUAUCGACACAGGCACAGGGAACGACGGUUCGAGUGUUGAUCUUGAGUCUACAAUUGGUUCUGUGAACGGCUGCCCGACCAGCCGAAGGGUCGCCCUUCUAGGAAUUGCAACCGACUGUGGAUACACUUCCACAUUUAACUCUACUGAAGCUUUGAGGAAGAAUGUCAUAAGGAUGGUCAAUGAUGCUUCCGAAGUCUACGAAAAAAGCUUUAACAUUACGCUGGGUAUCCAGAACCUCACUAUCAGUGACGGAUCAUGUCCAGGAAGCCCAUCGGAUACAGCCCCUUGGAACCAAAAGUGCUCCAAUAGCGUGGACUUGUCUGAUCGCCUGAACUUGUUUUCUGCCUGGCGCGGUCAGAAUGAGGACAGCAACGCCUACUGGACUCUUCUGAGCACUUGCAACACCGACUCUGCUGUUGGUCUUGCAUGGCUGGGUCAGCUCUGCCGCCCUGGUGCCUCAGCUAACUCCAACACCGGAGGUCGUAACGAGACAGUUGCUGGAGCCAAUGUUGUUGUCAAGACUUCGGCAGAGUGGCAGGUAUUUGCUCACGAGACAGGGCAUACUUUUGGUGCCGUCCAUGACUGCACUUCCCAGACGUGUCCAGUCUCGUCGGAUGCGCAGUCGUGCUGCCCAUUGAGUAAGAGUUCGUGUGAUGCUCAGGGUGACUACAUCAUGAACCCAUCUUCAAGGGAGGGAAUUAGUGAAUUCUCCCCCUGCACCAUUGGAAACAUCUGUUCAGGGUUCAGACGUAAUGUCAAUACGGAAUGCCUCACCGAUAACAGAAAUGUCAAGACCAUCUCGGGUCAACAGUGCGGUAACGGAAUUGUCGAAGAAGGCGAAGAUUGCGACUGCGGUGGUGAGGACAGCUGUGGCGACAACCCCUGCUGUGAUGCAAAGACAUGCAAAUUCAAGGGUCAAGCUGAAUGCGAUAACUCGAACGAAGAGUGCUGUACGGAUAAAUGCAAGUUCGCAUCUUCAGGAACUGUCUGCCGCUCAAGCACAGGCCCUUGUGAUCCCGAGGAGAAGUGCACAGGAAACAGCGCAACAUGCCCCAAGGACAAACACAGCGACGAUGGUACAGACUGUGGUGAUAGUCUCCAGUGCGCAUCAGGUCAGUGUACAUCGCGAGAUGAGCAGUGCCGAGCAAACUAUCAAAACACGACAUCCUCCAGUGUAAAGGCUUGCACCAACAGCUGUCUUUUGUCUUGCCAGGCAUCGGGCGAUGGCUUCUGCACGCAACGAAACCAAAACUUCCUCGAUGGUACACCUUGCGGCGGCGGUGGUCGAUGUCAGAAUGGUAGCUGCGAGGGCGCUUCGACGUGGAAGGAGAUUGAGAACUGGUUCAAGAACAACAAGAAUAUUGCCAUUCCCGUGGGGUGCGUUCUUGCUGCACUCCUCCUCUUGUCCAUCUCUUGCUGCUGCUUCAGCUGUAUUAAACGACGCAUAUCUCGCCGCAGGGCAGCUAAACAACCAGCCAUGGGCGCGUGGCCAGGAUAUCCUCGAGGUCCCGUUCCGAACCAACAAGGACCCUACACGUACGCCCCAAUUGAUAACAACAAUGGCUGGCAGCAACAGAGGACGCGCAGUAUGAGAUAUGCUUAGACUUUUUUUUUUUUUUUUUUUUU